ACCAUGUGCUGACCAUCGGUCCACCCGGCUCAACCAUGAGGACAAGCCAUGCAAGCAGCAACCUUUCUUUCGGCUCUUGCUUAAAAUCCUCGCAGCAUUUCAGGGCGUUUCAGUCAACAUAAGAUACCUACAGCCAAUCCACAGCCAGAUCUUCUAAUUGACGUCUCAUUCUUCUGUUUCUAAUAUGUCCCCAAGUCAAAUUAUCGACCCAACUGGUCAGGCCCAUGACCAAACAAUCGAAGGGACCACUCUAAUCGGCGACGCCUCGAAGUCACCAAAGACGGGAUUCGUUCAGAUUACAUCUGCCGAAGUUACUGCUGUUUCCGAUCCGGAGUCCCCCUCAGAGAACUCCGGUUCUAGCUUGGGGAUUCCCGAUCUAGAGGGGAGCGAGAAACUGGCAGCCAGCUCGCUGGCAAUUCCAGAUGAGCAAAAUAAUGAACCAGAACCGAUCGAGGCAACCACCACCAAGAUCCUCAGGGUAAUCGAGACCUAUAGCCUCAACUUCGAGAGAAGCGACGAGUCUUGGGGUGGCCUGACCACUUUCGUCCCGACGGUGACAAAGCAGGUUGCACAAGGACAACCUAUCAAACUACUUCUUCCAGGGUUCCCAUUCAAAUCACCGAACUCAAAGGACAAGGUACUUGGUGUCUUGCCUGACCUCGGAGAAGAGCUUGCACUCGCUCAUCUCGACAGCCUUUGCAAAAAUGUUACGGCUGUCUACGAGCAUGGGGCAGAAGUUCAUAUUUGCUCAGAUGGGCUUGUGUACAACGAUCUUCUUGGAGUUCCUGAUGAGACCGUCUGGGAGUAUGGAGAAGCGCUACGACAAAUUGCUGUAAAGAACGACCUGCACAAUCUCAAGUUUAUUCGACUUUGGGAUUUACUCGAUCAUCCCGGAUUAUGGAACAAGGAUUAUUAUGUCACACACGCUUCUUGCAUUCGUCGUGAACUCGCCUAUCGAUAUCAGGACCUCGACUUCGAAGCCGACAUGGCCACAAAAUCCGACGAAGACGUCCACAUGACCCAUCGCAGCUACAUCGAGCUUCUUGGCAAAGACCUUGCUCUUAGGGAAGAUUUUCAAUCUCUCUCACCAGAAGCAAAAGCUUCGGCGAUUUGUUCGAUCGCUAAGAGCAUGAUGGGUCGCUGGAAGGCAUUUGCUGCUGCCUUGGAAGCCAAUCGAAAAGAAUACAUACGGUUAUCCAUCCACGACUCGACCGGCAAAGGGAAGCUUUCAAUGUCACUUCUCCCUCAAGGAAGAGGCGCUCUUGGAUUCACCCCUUGGCACUCGUCCGUUUCCGUCGAACUAGACGGAUCCUAUCGUACGGUGCAUGCUAGCGAUGUGCGCGACUCGCACACCCUUGUCUAUAAAAAUGGACGUCCUCACUGCUUCCGCGCAAAAUCUGACCUUUUCAAUUGGCCGUUGGACGGCUUAGGGAUUGAAAUCGAGCACCUUUACCCCUGCGGUAUGAUUAUUCGCCCCGUUGGAGUUCAUGACAGUAGUUCUGCCCCUUCAAUUCGUGCCAUUCCAAUGCGCAAAGUACGACAAUUAUCUCACACGUUCUCCCCAAUUGUGCUUCGAGGAUUUAGCGAAUCUAUGGACGAGGAAUUAUACGUCCGAAAAGGGCAUGAACUGGGUAAGAUCUUGGAAUGGACGUUUGGAAUCAUCAUGAAAGUAAAGGACUCGGGAGAGACAAACAAGGAGGCCAACAACGUCACCUCUAACGAAGCUCUGCCGAUGCAUUUCGAUGGAAUCUUCAAGUUCAUUGACAAAAUCGAUCCCAAGACAGGGAAAAUGGUGAAGCAGCUAGCCCCCCCCGGAUACCAGUACUUCACCUGUAUUUCCACCGCGCCGAAGGGAGAUGGUUAUACGCUCUUCUGCAACUCACGACUCUUCUUCCGCUACUUAGCGCCUCCGUGGUCUCUUGAGCGCUUGGAGCCAGUCACCUGGCAUAUGGUGAAUGAUGGCUUUUGGAGCGCGAAGCAGACGGGUCUUCCUCUCGUCAUACGGCACCCGUAUACUAAUGCGCCAUGUAUACGAUGGCAUGAACCCUGGACUAAGACUAAGUUUUCGAAAUACAUCGUCACCAUUGAGAACGAGGAUCAGGAGCUUGUAGAGGUUGCCAGAAAUCUGGUCUACGAUUAUCGUACUUGCUUGCGGUUUACGUGGGAAAAAGGCGACCUUCUUGUAAAUGACAAUGUCACGAUGUUACACACACGCACCGCGUAUGCAUCCGAAUGCGACCGAGAGAUCUGGCGGAUUCAUUUUGAUUAA